AUGAGUGAAGAUAAUGGGGGCCGGUGUGAACCAGAUAAUGGGGGCCGGUGUGAACCUGAUAAUGGGGGCCGGUGUGAACCUGAUAAUGGGGGCCGGUGUGAACCAGAUAAUGGGGGCCGGUGUGAACCUGAUAAUGGGGGCCGGUGUGAACCAGAUAAUGGGGGCCGGUGUGAACCAGAUAAUGGGGGCCGGUGUGAACCAGAUAAUGGGGGCCGGUGUGAACCUGAUAAUGGGGGCCGGUGUGAACCAGAUAAUGGGGGCCGGUGUGAACCAGAUAAUGGGGGCCGGUGUGAACCAGAUAAUGGGGGCCGGUGUGAACCAGAUAAUGGGGGCCGGUGUGAACCAGAUAAUGGGGGCCGGUGUGAACCAGAUAAUGGGGGCCGGUGUGAACCAGAUAAUGGGGGCCGGUGUGAACCAGAUAAUGGGGACCGGUGUGAACCUGAUAAUGGGGGCCGGUGUAAGCCUGAUAAUGGGGGCCGGUGUGAACCAGAUAAUGGGGGCCGGUGUGUGAACCAGAUAAUGGGGGCCGGUGUGAACCAGAUAAACCAGAUGGGGGCCGGUGUGAACCAGAUAAUGGGGGCCGGUGUGAACCAGAUAAUGGGGGCCGGUGUGAACCAGAUAAUGGGGGCCGGUGUGAACCAGAUAAUGGGGGUGAACCGGUGUGAACCAGAUAAUGGGGCCGGUGUGAACCAGAUAAUGGGGGCCGGUGUGAACCAGAUAAUGGGGGCCGGUGUGAACCAGAUAAUGGGGGCCGGUGUGAACCAGAUAAUGGGGGCCGGUGUGAACCAGAUAAUGGGGGCCGGUGUGAACCCAGAUAAUGGGGGCCGGUGUGAACCAGAUAAUGGGGGCCGGUGUGAACCAGAUAAUGGGGGCCGGUGUGAACCAGAUAAUGGGGGCCGGUGUGAACCAGAUAAUGGGGGCCGGUGUGAACCAGAUAAUGGGGGCCGGUGUGAACCAGAUAAUGGGGGCCGGUGUGAACCAGAUAAUGGGGCCGAUAAUGGGGGCCGGUGUGAACCAGAUAAUGGGGGCCGGUGUGAACCAGAUAAUGGGGGCCGGUGUGAACCAGAUAAUGGGGGCCGGUGUGAACCAGAUAAUGGGGGCCGGUGUGAACCAGAUAAUGGGGGCCGGUGUGAACCAGAUAAUGGGGGCCGGUGUGAACCAGAUAAUGGGGGCCGGUGUGAACCAGAUAAUGGGGGCCGGUGUGAACCAGAUAAUGGGGGCCGGUGUGAACCAGAUAAUGGGGGCCGGUGUGAACCAGAUAAUGGGGGCCGGUGUGAACCAGAUAAUGGGGGCCGGUGUGAACCAGAUAAUGGGGGCCGGUGUGAACCAGAUAAUGGGGGCCGGUGUGAACCAGAUAAUGGGGGCCGGUGUGAACCAGAUAAUGGGGCCGGUGUGAACCAGAUAAUGGGGGCCGGUGUGAACCAGAUAAUGGGGGCCGGUGUGAACCAGAUAAUGGGGGCCGGUGUGAACCAGAUAAUGGGGGCCGGUGUGAACCAGAUAAUGGGGGCCGGUGUGAACCAGAUAAUGGGGGCCGAUAAUGGGGGCCGGUGUGAACCAGAUAAUGGGGGCCGGUGUGAACCAGAUAAUGGGGGCCGGUGUGAACCAGAUAAUGGGGGCCGGUGUGAACCUGAUAAUGGGGGCCGGUGUGAACCUGAUAAUGGGGGCCGGUGUGAACCUGAUAAUGGGGGCCGGUGUGAACCAGAUAAUGGGGGCCGGUGUGAACCUGAUAAUGGGGGCCGGUGUGAACCAGAUAAUGGGGGCCGGUGUGAACCAGAUAAUGGGGGCCGGUGUGAACCAGAUAAUGGGGGCCGGUGUGAACCAGAUAAUGGGGCCUGGCCUGGUGUGGCUUGGCCUGAGCAUUAG